CAGCCACCGUUCGACAUCGAUGUUUUAAACGGAGUAAUAAUCGAGUGAAAAUAAUCCAAUUCUGAAAUCGAUUUUUUUGAAUACUUUACAUUUUCGUGUAUUAAAAGCAAAGAUAAUAUUUGCAUAAUCUGUUGUGAAAAUGACAUUUUCAUAGAUUAUAUAAGUGAUCAUAGUGUUUGGACUUUUAUUUUUUUAAGGUUAGCCGUUACUUCAAAAAUGAAGAUACAUCUAGUGUACAUGACGAUAUGUUCGCUGUCACAAGCGGCAUAUAUCAGUCGCAUGGCGAUGGUGCGACCGCGCUCGCCCGCAGUAUUCCGGCCCGGCGUCGUCCUGCAGCGACCGUGGCAUCAACGCGUGGUACCCGCGUACAGAUCACCUUAUGUUAUGUAUAGAGGACCGAUGCCACAGAGGUGCGUACGUACAAUUACAAUCGCUACCACAUGCGACAUAUCUCCCAUCAGCCCGCAAUGUACCAAUGUUAGUACCAACGAAGAUGUAGACUUUAGGAGUGAGUUAAGAAAGGUGCGUGCGGAGCGGAACAACGACAAAGUCACGCUCACCCGAGAUUCGGUCCAUAUGACAUACGAGUCGGGUGGUGGAACAAGUCUAGAACCAAUUUCUCUCAGGUACGCUGUAAAGCCACACGUGCACUUCCGUAACGCGAUCCCGGGAGGUCCAUGGAAGACAGGCCGACAGCCGCUGCCGGGUCCAGACUACGAGCUAGUGCGGGCCGCGUCCGCGCCGCCGUUGCUGCAGACGCACGGUGAUACAGCAGGUGCAAUACACACGAUACCAGCGCCGAACCUCAGCCUGUCAGAGAAACCCAUCGUCGUUGCUGACACUGACACCGCGAACACUGAGCCUACCACUGAGCCAGUCAAAACAACAUACGAAGUAACUGAAAAAUAUUCGGAGCCCCAGGUGUAUCAAAUGCCGGCAAAAAUCGAAGCUCCUACAGGAUUUUCUAAACAAUCAUCCUUAAAAACACCCGAAUUACAACAGUUCGUACAGAAUGGAGCUUCUUUCCCAUUGUCAGCGCAAUACGGACAUCCGUCUUUACCUCUACCACAAAACCCACAACAGUUUGCAAUUCAGGGUCUCACAGAUAUAUCUGGCCAUCAAGAUCUUCUCCAAACAGCAGCUGAAAGAAUAAUCAUUCCACCGAGCGCGCUCUACCAAAAUGAUCCAAACUUUUUACAAAAAUUACAAAGCCAAUUAUUACAACAAUUCCCUGCAGUCGAAUUUAUACCUUACACGGCUGAAAUACAACCUCAAAUUCAACAAACGACACAGUCCGAACUAUAUUUAUUAGAAAACGAAGUCAUAACACAACAAACACCAAUAUCUUUUGAUUUAAAAUCAGAUGAAUCUCACAGAAAUAUUGUGCAAAGAGAAACUCAAGAAGCGUCGCUAUUAUCUUUAGUUCCACAACCAUUUACUCUUAGCAACGUAACAGAAAAUAUAACUGAAACAAUUAUACCCAACGAUCAACAGAACGUAACAGAUACCUCUGAAACAGAUCUUCCAACUACAACUGUCAAAUAUAUAGAAACUACAACCGAACAAAGUACUACACCUAUAUACUACGCUCAAGUCGGUCAAAGCGUAGGUAAUAUCGUUGCUAAAGGAUUUUAUUCGGCUAUUAACGAUGUCAGAGCAGCAGCCGCGUUAGCACAAGUGGAGAAAGUUAACGAACUUGCACACAUAGAUAGCUCAACAACAAUUAAAUCAGACACAGUUCAAGAAGCGACAAACGAAUCAAAUUUAUAUAAAGAAGAAAGGAAUGAAACUAGCAACGAAAUAAAACAUUCAUCUAAUGAUAUAAAAUUUGCCGGAGCUCCAUUUGAAAAAACAGCUGAAACGGUUAAUUUCACUUAUAGAUUAUUACAUACCCAAGAAGAUUCCACCAAAAAUAAUAGAAAUGGUAACGUAUACGCUGGACAAAUAGUACAAGCAAUGAUCAGUGAAGAUAAAGACUUCAAUAAGGGUAAAGCGAAUGUAUCAUGGCGACCACCUUUAAGGUUAUUUGCGAUACCACAAAACAAAGCCGACAAUCCACAAAAGUUAAAUGUAGUGAAAGCUAAAAUACCACCAAAAACUAAACUGACAUUUGAUGAUAAAACUGGUGAGCCCGUGUUGAGAAUUUACGCGAGUUAUUCUGAAAAUCCAAUUCAGAAGGAGAUAGUGCUAUCAAAAUUAUCGAAUAUAAAACAUGUUAAAGAAGCGGUAACACGUAAACAAGAUGCAGUAAACAAUUGGAACACAGUUACUGCAAAACCAUUUGAAAAGAAGAUACCAGAUGCAAACCAAAUAUCACAGUUUGGUUUAAAACUGCGCUCUAGAAGUGACGAUUACAUACCCAUCUUUGAAGAAUAUGAAGAAUAAUUAAGUAUACAUUAAUUACAAAGCCAACGAAUAAAUUUAAGGAUAAAAUGUUAUUUUGUA